UUCAUGCUUCCAAUUAAUAAGCUGAUUAAAUAGCAUAUUUGAACUUAUUACUAAUUAAUGAUUAGAAAUCACCAAGUAAUUGGCGAAUUUUGUAAUUUAAUUAAUUAGUAUACUUAAAUAGUAAAAAUCAACCCAAAGUCUCAAUUAGAGACUCUCUAAUCGCAAAACAAGGUGAGAACUAUUCGCGCCAAGCCCAAAAUUUCACUCUGGGUUUGAAUUUCACCUAAUUGAGAGAAAUUCUCUCAGAGAAUCAUCUGGGUAGGAAACUAAAAAAAUAAAAAGUGUUUCCUAGGACGGGUUGGAAAUCAUGGAUGAUUUGUCGCCGGAAUCUCAAGCCUUAUCAAAUCCCGUUAUUUUGCAAGAAAUCUUCCAAUACAAAUCCCUCUCCGGAAAAGACCUCCGUCUCGUCUCCAAACUAUGGAACGAAGUAACCCUUUCCCUCCCAAGACCAAAACUUUGCCUCAAAUUGAACCACUCCUUAAAGCAAGCUUGCUGCGACCCGUCCAAAUUUCUCGACACGAUCUACCCCACCCUCUCCACCCCCAAGUUGGCCAGAUUUAUCAGGAUCUCGGCAGGAUGCACCUACCACGUCCAACAAGACCCUGAAGGCAUCCCCCACUCUCGAGGAGCAUCUGACGUCUCUGCAGAAAAACUAAUUUCCACCGUGUGCCAAAAAUACUCGGAAACCAUUCAAGAAAUCAAAAUCCACUCGAGACUCGUCGUUCUUCCCACACUUUACGAAAUCCUGUCUAAAUACUGCCCAAAAUUGAAGCGCUUAAGUGUCACGUGUCCCCGCCGGCGGGGCGGGAUGAUGGAUUCCACGUUCGAUUCCCCCCUCCCCAAAAAGUCUAAUCUUGAAUACAUCCGCUUCAUCUUGGACGAUCCGCCCCACACCUUUAUGCAGCAGGUUUUAAACGCCGCGCCAAAUUUGAGGACGCUAUUCAUCGUGGGAAAUUUAUACCCGGAUUUGGACAAGAAUACAAAUCUUUACCGGCUUUUUCACUAUGGUCGGGGCAAGAAUGGAGCGCGCGGGUCCACCCAGGCGUUCAAUGGAGGGUCGUUAACGCGAUUAAUUUCGCAAGUGGCGAAUUCCUUGGUCUAUUUGAAAAUCGGGCUGAACACGGACCAAGGAAAGUAUUGCCCGGACACGAAUCGGGAUGAAUUUACCCUGCCGGAAAGCAUGCCCAAACUGAAGCAGCUGCAUAACAGAUGUGUCGAUAUUUUUAAAUGUCCCGAUGGAACAGGAGGAUUGAUUUGGGCGGGAAAAAAGUUUCAAAAUUUGGACCAAAUUAUAUUCGGGUGUAGCGUCGCGGCGGCGGGGAAAGACGUGCUGGAUACAUUUUUGAAGUUGUUCAGUUCGAAAGUUGUCUUGUCAAGGACCGUGAGGAAAAUCGUGGUUCAAGACUUGACCGAGAGUUUGGGUCCGUUGGCGAAUUUGAAAAUUGUCUACCCCUUCGUGACCGAGGUGGAAUUAUUUUUUCUGCACAUGGGGGGUACGCUCCAGGAGGAGGUGAAUCCGGCCGUGUUUAGCAGUCAGCUCGAAGUACUACUGAAGAGUGGAGGGUUGACGAAGAUUACGUUCAAUAUGACGCUGGAGCUGAAGCUGUCGGACUUUGUGAAGGCACUGUCGGACAAUAAGGAGUUGUUUAAAGGCCUCAAGCAACUCUUGCUUCUCAGAGAAUCUCCCGCAAAGGAUAUUGCCGAUGACUUGUACGAGUCUGGAAAAAUGGAGAAAUACGGUAUUAAGGAUUUCAUCAGAGAGUUCGAGAGCGUCCUGUUCGCCAUGAAGGAGCUGGAACUCGUAGUGAUUUCCGGAGUAGUAUUGCGUGGACCGACGGCUCAGCUUAUUAUAAAUUUUAUCCGUGAUGAAAAGUUACCUGUACAAUUUCUGUUGGGUGGCGGAAAUACUGAUUGACAUCGCUGUGUUCUUCCUUCUGCGUUAUUUUUUUACUUCUGCCUGCGAUGAUCUGGUCAAAAGUGUGAAAUUUUCUAUAAAAUGACGCACUCUAAAUAAAGUUUCGUAAAAUUUACUUAAGCUUGUGUAAAAUAGAGGAAGACACAACAAGUAGGUCAAAUUUAUUUGAUGUUUUGCUCAACGGUUGGAUCAAUUGUACCGAAUUUUUGUAUCAUCCUUUAUUUUACUCAAUCUGGAGUACAAUUUACGCGACUUUAUUUAGUAUGCUGAAUAUUCAAUGUAGAAUUAUAGUACUUCAUUAUGUAUAAGCAUUGUUUUGUUUUAGUUUAAAAAUAUUCACAAUUUAAACUUCGUAAACUUGGUACAAAUAGUUUUAAAGCAAUACAUUUUUUUAGUUUAUUGA